AUGGCUGUCACUCAUACCAACAGCCAAACGGCUGUAUCAGUGCCUGUGACUUCCAAGGAUCAUGACAAAGUCCUCAAGACCUUUCGUCUGCUGAUCGCAGAUCUCUGUCAACAAUUUAGUGGUGGUCACCCUGGUGGUGCUAUUGGUAUGGCUGCGAUCGGUGUUUCGUUGUGGAAAUAUAUCAUGCGUUACGCCCCAUAUACCCCAGAUUUCUUCAAUCGGGAUAGAUUUGUUCUUUCCAAUGGUCACACUUGCCUCUUCCAAUACUCGUUCUUGCACCUUACUGGAUAUAGAGCCAUGACCUUUGAUCAACUCAAGUCCUACCACUCAGACCGAGUGGAUGCCCUUUGCCCUGGCCACCCUGAGAUAGAACAUGAGGGAAUUGAAGUGACUACUGGUCCUUUGGGUCAAGGUAUCGCAAAUGCCGUUGGCCUUGCCAUGGCGACUAAGAACCUCGCAACUACAUACAACCGUCCCGGCUAUAAUGUUGUAUCCAACCACACAUGGUGCAUGGUUGGCGAUGCCUGUUUGCAGGAGGGAGUGGCCCUGGAGGCAAUUUCUCUUGCGGGACAUUUUCGCUUGAACAACCUUACUGUGAUCUAUGACAACAACCAGAUCACCUGCGAUGGAUCCGUUGACCUUACCAACACCGAGGAUGUGAACGCGAAAAUGCGUGCGAGUGGCUGGGAUGUUAUUGAUGUUGAGGAUGGAUGUUUUGAUAUUGCAAGCAUUGUCAGUGCUUUGGAGCAGGCUCGUGCUUCGCAGGAAAAACCCACUUUCAUAAACGUGAAGACGAUCAUCGGUCUGGAAAGUCAUGUGGCUGGCACCGCUACUGCUCAUGGAGCUGCUUUUGGUCCCCAAAGCGUUGCUAACCUGAAGAUCCUUUAUGGUUUCAACCCUGAGGAGCACUUUGUUGUUGGCAAUGAAGUCCGCCAGUUCUUCCAGGAACUUCCUGCUCGUGGUGAGCAGUGGGUGCGAGAAUGGAACCAGUUGGUCAGUGACUACACAACUCAACACCCAGAGCUUGGUGCAGAAUUCCAAGCCCGUGUUCGUGGUGAGUUGCCAGUAAACUGGGAGCAGCAUAUUCCCUCAAGCUUCCCUGAGAAGGCAACCGCCUCCCGAGCCUCAUCUGGUCUUGUCUUCAACCACAUCGCCAAAGAGGUUGACACAUUCAUGGUUGGAACAGCCGAUCUGUCCCCAUCCGUCAACAUGAUCUGGCCUGGCAAGGUUGAUUUCCAACAUCCUGACCUACGCACUACCUGUGGUAUCAACGGAGAUUACUCCGGUCGUUACAUUCACUAUGGUAUUCGCGAGCACGCCAUGUGUGCCAUUUCUAAUGGCCUGGCUGCCUAUUCCCCCAACACUAUCAUCCCGGUCACCUCGACCUUCUUCAUGUUCUAUUUAUACGCCGCUCCGGCCGUGCGCAUGGGUGCCCUGCAACAUCUUCAGGGAAUCCACGUCGCCACCCACGACUCUAUUGGCAUGGGCGAAGACGGUCCUACUCAUCAGCCCAUCGAACUUGCUGCUUUAUACCGUGCCAUGCCCAACAUCCUCUAUAUCCGUCCCGGUGACAGCGAAGAAGUUGCUGGGGCCUGGAUCGCAGCCAUUGGCGCGAAGAAGACCCCUACAAUUAUCUCCACAUCGCGCCACGCGCUGCCUCAGUUGAAGCAGACCCGUCGCGAUGCAGUGGCUCGGGGAGCUUACGUCCUUGAGGAAGACGAGUCUGCAACUGUGACUAUGAUCGGUGUUGGUGCCGAGUUGUCUUUUGCAUUGGAGGUUGCUGCUCAGUUGAAGGCCCAUAAAGGUAUCACUGCCCGCGUGCGAGACACUCUCCGCCGACACCGUGGCAUUCCUGCUAUUGUUAUUGAGCCCUAUGCUCCUACUGGCUGGGAACGGUAUGCGGACGCAGGUAUUAAUGUGAAGCGCUUCGGGCAAAGUCUUCCUGGCAAGGCUGUAUACAAUUUCUUUGGCUACGACAUUGAUACUUUAACGACCAAGGUGGCGAGCUACCUUGACCAGCUCAAGGACGAUGAGUAUCUUCGCCGCGAGUUUGUUGACAUGUGA